AUGCUGCAGAACUCUCUCGGCAGAAACGCAACGCGUAUGAUGGGUCGUUUACCCACUAGAACAGUUGUGAUGGUUGUGGGUCUGAUUGUCCUAGUUUUUGGAUUUAUGUUCCUGUACAGUGAUAAUUCUGGAACAUCAAAACCACAUCUUGAUAUCCCAACCAACAAGUUGAAAUCAAUAUCAAAUGACCAUGAUGAACGUGAAAAUGCCUUCUCGCACAUAUACAAGAAUCAAAUAUGGGGCGAUGGUGAGAGUCGAAGUGGUUCUGGAAGUUACAUGUCAGCCACUGUCAACGUGCGUAAAUUCUUGGCCAUCGUAUUUCAGAUAUUCAGAGUCAGAUCAUGGCUCGAUUCGCCAUGUGGUGACUGCCAUUGGCAAUGGAAUAUUACUGGUUUUGAUAAAAUCGAGUACACUGGUUUGGACAUUGUUGGGGAUGUAAUAUUAGCAGAUGGCAGAAAGCACAGCCAACGUCCAAAUAUGCGCUUCUUACACAUGGAUGCUGCUGUUGACAAUUUGCCCCCUUCAAUGGACGUCAUUCUGUGCAGAGACAUGAUCCAACAUUUACCCAUGACCGCUGGACGGGCUGCGGUUGCAAACUUUGAGCGAUCUGGUGCCAAGUACCUUGUGACAAACUUCCACUCAGCGAAUAUCAUUCCUGAGACUGGCGGAAACAAGAAGAUUACUCCUGGAGAGUUUUAUUAUGUUGAUGUGAUGAAAGCACCAUUCAACUUCCCACCGCCCUUGAUGUACGUCCUGGACGGCGAGGAUCGUAAGGCUAAUGAACCUCCAAAUUUUAAAAUGGUUGGGAUCUGGAAGCUACCUGCUCUAGAUCAGGGCAACGGCACAUCGAUACUACCCAUUAACAUGAAGGCAUUGGAGGACCAGACUGUGAUUGUUCUAGAUCAGUCUCUGGUCAAGCCCCUGCAGGAGAUGGAUGUGCCGUACGCCAACCACUAUUCGUAA